CCUCCUCCCCAUUUCCUCCCGGCCGCAGCCGCAGCCGGCUGGGGAGGGCAGAGGAGCGCCCGGCCCGGCCGAGGCUGCGGGGGACCCGCGGGGACGCUGCGACAGAAGAUGAUGUGAAUGAGCUGUAAGAAUCAGAUGAGAUGGAUGAAGAGCUGCCCUGUGCUGAGGCGGAUGGAGAAGUGUACUUUGCCAUGGAGGAUCUGGGAGGAGAGAAGCCCUGUGAAGAGAGCGAUGAUGAUGUGUCCUGUACUGAGAGUGAUGCACCAGGAGACAUGCCCUAUACUGAGAGCAAUGCACCAGGAGACAUGCCCUGUACUGAGAGCAAUGCACCAGGAGACAUGCCCUGUACUGAGACCAACCUCAAAGAAGAGGCACCUCGUGCUGAGAGCAGUGUGGAAGGAGAGAUGCCCGGCACUGAUGGCAACGGGGAAGGGGAAAUGCCCUGUGCCGAAAGCGAUGCCAAAGGAGAGGGAUCUUUCUAUGAGACUGAGGAGGAAGAAGAACCAGCUACUGAAACCCCUGGGGCUUCCAAAAAAAUGUGUUCCAUUUCUUCUCCCUUGCGAGCAAUCAUCCGCCUGCGCCGGCGGUACCGCGGGCAAAAGAAGAGCCGGCUGCAUUUAGAGCUGCCCCGAGAGAAGCCCUCCGAGCUCGUCCAUACGAGGCUGCUUCAGAGGCAGCUUUCCCUGAACAGAACUGGCCUGUAUGGCCCUUCCAUGUCCCUCUUUAACCAGAGCAGCUUUGAAAGUUCCCAGUACUUCACCUUUGACACGUCUGUGGAGCAAUAUGCUAUGAAAAAAUGCAGGCGGAAAAAGAACCGGAGGAAAUCCAGGGUAGUGCUGUACCCAGAUAAAACCAAGAGAUACCUGCCAGCGGAGGAGAAGAGCAAGGCAAAACGCUGCCUCCUCUUGCUCAUUGUCAUUAUCUUCUUCCAGAUUCUCAAUGCAAUAGAGAACCUGGAUGAUAACCUCCAAAAAUAUGACCUAGAUGGUUUGGAGAAAACCAUGCACCGGGAAGUGUUUGGGCAGAAGGCUGCUGUGGAAAGCAUUAUGGAAUUGCUGAAAGACUACCUGGCUACCCACAUACACAACAAGCCUCUAGUCAUCUCUUUAAAUGGCCCAACAGGAGUUGGGAAGAGUCAUGUUGGCUGGCUGCUGGCCAAACAUUUUCGUUCCAUCAUGGACAAUGACUUUGUGCUUCAGUACUUUGUUAUGCAUCACUGUCCCAGCGGCAUGGCCCCGCUUACAUGUGAAAUAGAUUUGUCUAAGAAGAUCUCUGACAUGGUCACAAGAGCUGAAAUAGAGGAGAAGAUCCCAUUGUUUAUUCUGGAUGAGGUUGAACUCAUGUCUCCAGUCCUGCUGGAUACUCUCAGCCGAUUCUUUGAGCCCAAUCAAACCAAUGAGUUCCUCAAUGCCAUCUACAUUUUAAUAAGCAACAUAGGAGGUGGUGAAAUAACCAAGUUUGUUAUCCAGAAUUCAUCUGCUGAGAUCCUGCGUCAGCAGAGGGGAGUUGAAGAACUGCUGAGCAUCGUCCAGCCUGUACUGAUCGAUGCCCACCCUCUCUGGAAGUCUGCAGAUAUCAUCCCAUUUGUCCUCCUGGAGAAGACUCAUGUCAUAAACUGCUUCCUAGAGGAGAUGAGGAGGGAAGGGCUGUAUCCCGACCAGAAACAUGUUGAAAACUUAGCUAGUCAGCUCAGUUACUACACUACUGAGGAUAAGCAGUACUCCAGGAUGGGCUGCAAGCAGGUUGUGGCCAAAGUCAACCUGUUGUAAUGCUUUACUGCAGGGACCAAGUCCUGCUCUUGGGAUUUGCAAAGUUCUGGCCUUCUGGAGGAGUGCAUUGCAGCA